GCCGCCGGGCUCACAGAGGCCAGCUGGCUCUGCGCUGAAGCCAGGACGGGGCGGGCGCACGGGCAAGAGCCACCGCCGCCAGCAGCAGCAGCCGCCAACAAAAGUCUCAGCGCAAGAGAGCGCUCCCCGGAGCCAAGUUGGGAAGAAUCUGCGGCAGGAGCUGGUGCAGGGAGGGAGAGCAGUGCCAGCGUCGUCGACGUCCGCCAAGCCAGUGCCAAGCCCUUGGUGCCCACCGUCCAAGACCCCAACCCCCCUCUUCUCCCACCUUGGGUGUACCCCAAGACCUCCCAUCCUCGAGAUGCCCCGCGGGUUCCUGGUGAAGAGGACGCGCCGAGAGGGACCCAUCUCCUAUCGGAUCCGACCCCCGCAGGAGGACAGCGUCCUCUCAGCCCUGCUGCUCCCCCCCAGCGGGCUGCUGGCCUUGCCGUCGGCCCAAAGGAAACCGCCCAGGGCCGGAGGGCUGCCCGAAUCUCAGGCCCCGGGCCACGGCCCACUGCGCCUGGCGGGCAGCGCCACGCCGCUGGUCAGCUGCCUCGACUGGGGUCUCCAUUCGGGCUCGCCGGCACCGGGCGAGUCCGUCCCAGCGUGCGCCUCCCAGGCUCCCGGGUUGGGUUCGGCCUGCGCGACGGCGGCAACCAAGCAAGCGAACGCCCUGCCAAAGAGGGCUAGCAGCAGCGCGGGCCCCACCAGGAAGGCCCCUGGCCCCGAGGCGGCGGAAGCCUUGCUGGGCGCCUUCGUCUGCCAGCUGUGCCAGGAGUCCUACCCGGGCCCGCUGGCCCUGGCCCAGCACGGCUGCUCCCGCAUCGCUCGCGUAGAGUACCGCUGUCACGAGUGCAGCAAGGCCUUCAGCUGCCCGGCCAACCUGGCUUCCCAUCGCCGCUGGCACAAGCCCCGAGGGGGCAGCGGCGGGCACGUCGGAGGCACCAAGGAGAACGAGAGCCCCGAGGGGGCGGGCAACGCUCCCCGGGGGGCGCUGCCCCACCCCGGCGCCGCGGAGGGCAGCUACUGCUGCGCCCACUGCCCCAAGCGGUUUCGACGCCGGGCCUACCUUUGCAAGCACUUGGCCCUGCACGGCGCCAGCGGGCCGGUGCUGUCCGAAAGCCUCCAAGGCAAUCUCGCCCCGCACUGCAGGGCUCCCUGGCCUAAGAAGCCGUUCUAAAAAAACCAAACCUCGCCAGCGCCGGGAUCCAUCGCCUUGCUCAGCCGGCAGACAGGAGGCGCACUCCAGGGAGCGCUGAGAAGGGCACCAUCGCCACGUAGGCCCAGGGCUAGGCUUCCCAGGCCCCCUUCCUCUUCAUUGGGGAGGCAGGCCGGGCAACCCAGGCGCCCCAGUUCACCCACCUGCCUUUCUCCAUCAUCACCCCGUCUGCAGGACAGCUAAAAAUGAAUCUGUGCGAUUCCAAAGCCGGCACCAUUGUCUCGCCAAUUCUUCUGUAGGACUCAAAAGCUGGCAUGCUCUCUCACUGACUUAACUGGGCCUAUUUGUACUCUUUUAUUUUGUGGAGCCCAAAACAACGAAACAUUCAUCCAUUUCAGAAUGGAUUAUUGCACAGAUGCCGGAAUGACUGCAAGGGCAGACCGGGAUCGGUGUCACCAGACUACAGAGACAAUCGUGACCUUCUAAUUCGUCACUUCCAACUGAACCUGUGCCGUCAGAAUGGUGGUUCCAGACACGCAAACCUCCCCGCACCGUGCUGCACACUGAGACCUGAGAUGCAAGAGGCUGGUGGCCAUUGGAAAAGCAGGCCUUGCAGCUGCUCAAGUGACAUUUCCAGGGUGGGAGGAGCACGAAGGGGGGUGACAGUUGAAACUGUGAUCGUGCGAUUAGUAAA